AUGAUUUCAUUCACAACAGCUCAAUCCGAAGAGGAUUUAUUGAAUAUUAUAUCGUUGAUGAAAAGCAAUCUUCGAAAAAAUCUUUCUCUCGAUCAGCAGACAUCAGGUGGUUUCCUUUCCAUUGAGUGUGCAUACGAUGUUCUUCGAAAAAUGAAUCAGCCAGCACCGAGUGUCAUUGCCACAGACACGACUUCGAACAAAUUAGUUGGCUAUGCAUUGGCAAGCUUACCUGAAAUUGCGGUAGAACUGCCAGACAUUGCUAAACUUAUUUUGUUAAUCAACACUCUAGACUACAAAGGUAAACCUCUUCGCGAUAACACCUAUUACAUACUUGGUCAAAUAUGUGUAGCCGAUGGGUAUCGAGGGCAAAUGGUCUUUGAUGGAAUGUUACAAAAACAUCGCGAGUUGUAUAGCGAUCGUUAUGAAAUGAUGAUUACGUGUAUCUCAAAUAAGAAUGUUCGGUCACUUCGUGCUCAUGCUAGAGUCGGUUUCGAAACAAUAUAUACUUUCAAUGAUUUGCCUGCUGGUGGCAUGUGA